UACGUCAACUACGCUGGGCGGUUCAUGAAUGGGGCUCUGAAGUGGGAGGGCCCCUCAUCUGACUUUAACAGGCAGGAGGAAGAAAGUGGGUGAUGUGCUUUGCUGCGAUGCUCCUUCAUGACUGUUUUUAAACAGCCCAGCAGCGAGCGAUCGUCUGUGUUUGCGGAUUGUAGCGGAGGGAUCUUCACCCCACAGGGACAGCAUCCUUCGGCUGAGACGAACAGGCCAGCGGCCACAGCAGCAGCAGCAGCAGCGGAACCAGAGGGAGGCAGAGUCGUGUCGAUGAGCCAUGGGGUUCCGCAAGAAAAACAAGAGCCCACCGGUGCUGAGCCACGAGUUUGUGAUCCAGAAUCACGCCGACAUGGUUUCCUGUUUGGCCAUGAUCAUCCUCCUCGGCCUAAUGUUUGAGGUCACGGCAAAGUUUGCCAUCAUGUUCAUCACAGUCCAGUACAAUGUAACUCAAGUUCUCGAUGAGAAAAGCGAGCCUGUAAACCUUUACCAGUACGGCCCUAAAGAUGUGGCUACAGUGUUUUUCUACCUGCUCAUAGCAGUCAUCCUUCACGCCUUGAUUCAAGAAUAUAUUCUCGAUAAAAUUAAUAGGAGGUUGCACCUGUCGAAGACCAAACACAGCAAGUUUAAUGAGUCUGGCCAGCUAGCAGCGUUCUACCUGUUCUCCUUUAUCUGGGGCUGCAGCAUCCUAACAGCGGAGGAGUUUGCAACAAAUCCCACUUUCUUAUGGGAGGGGUACCCACACACUAACAUGGUUUUUCAGGUUAAAUUCUUCUACAUUUGCCAAAUUGCCUAUUGGCUUCAUGCACUUCCUGAGCUGUACUUUCAAAAAGUACGAAAGGAGGACAUCCCCCGCCAGCUUUAUUACAUUUGCCUUUAUGUUGUCCACAUCUCUGGUGCCUACAUCUUAAACCUCCACCGACUGGGCCUGGUGCUGCUGGUCCCUCACUACCUGGUCGAACUUUUGUUCCACGCUUCACGCCUUUUCUACUUCAGUGAUGAGAACAAGCAAAAAGGCUUCACCUUGUGGGCGCUGCUUUUUGUCAUUGCCCGCCUCCUCACCCUCACGCUGUCAGUGCUGACAUUUGGUUUUGGUCUGCCCCGUACGGAAAACCACGGUUUUUCCUUGGCAGAAGGCAACUUUAAUGUGCUCACCGUCAGGAUGACCUGCCUAGCAGCCAUCUGUCUGACGCAGGCCUGGAUGAUGUGGAAGUUCAUUAAUUUCCAGUUAAAAAAGUGGAGAGAGCACAGCCAAAUCCAAGCAUCAAAGAAGAAGACAGUGAGCCCAAAGAGCAAGCCUCAUAAAAGAGAAACUACCAAGGGAGGAGCUGCCAAUGGAGUUGUCAAGUCUGAGGAUAAAAUGUCACCACGAGCAAGAAAAGCCAAAGCUUCAUAAAAUUGGACAAGCUUGGAGAGAUGAGAAAAUAAUUUCUGAUAAUGUGACAUUACAGGUUGUUUCAGGCUGCAAGGAACCUUUUUAAAAGUUCUCAUAACAGUUUAAGGCGGAUUCCUCUCUUUGUUUAUAUUUGCGCUGCAGGAACCAUGGCCUCUUUGCAGAGCUGCUUUUAACGAGUGUUUUUAAGAUCCUGCUUUACAAUAUUAGCCCUCCGUCUGCAAUCGGGGACAUAGGUGGCCCAGUUGCAUAUAGGUUGGUAGAGUCAGUUCACUUGGUCAUUGUCUAGGUUUUAGAAACGCACCCAAACUGUACACAACAGAUUUGAAAACAUUCACCAAAAUGAAGCGAAACAGAAGUUAAGUCCAGUCUUACCUGACUGAGAGGACUUCUAAAUAAAAUAUGCAGGAAUUGCAGAAAAAAAAUCCUAGAUUACACUCAUGAUGGUGUAUCAGGUAGAGAAGCAAGUGGUAAAAAUAGACUCAACAUUUUAAGUAUUUAAUUUAGAUAGAAGUUUAGAAACCUUAAACUUCCAGGGUUUUUUAAAGACGCUCCAGGCCACUUCAUUGCUUCAUCAAUUCUCACUCCCAUUUCUUCUCCAUCCACCUCAGUUAUCAGGUAGAUUGUAAUAUACGUCCAGGAAACACGACAUUCCCUUUAGGAAGUGGUACAACAUCAAUUCUGUCCUGACAUGGUUUUUAAUGCUCUUAUAUUGUGUAAACAGACAUCAGCCCUGAAUCGCACAUUCUUUUUAUGGGUUGUAAAGGAGGAGAUAAAAUUUUAAAUUUAAUCUUGUAUUGCUAAUUUAAUAAACAUAAAAUAUUUAACAUGUCUAAAUGCUCAUUCAUAGCAGAGUUUAACGAUACCAAUAUUUUGAGGACAAAUUAACACCAUAUAAAAUUGUGUUACUUUGUAAUUAAUCAUUCAGGCUAAUAUUUAUCAACCACUCAAUGUUUUUAUCAGUGUGAUGUGACUUGGUUCUACCUUGAAUUUAAAAGAGCGAUGUUUUUAUUUAGUUUAGGAAACUACUUAUUUAACAGAUUUAUUUUUUCAGGUUCUUAUAGUUUGAUUUUUCACUAACUCAAAACGAGAAGAUUUCCAGCUCUUUCUGGAAAUCUCUCUCUCUUUGACAUGGGCCAGUAACAUUAGUUCUUACCUUUGUUAGCGGUCCAAAAAGGGUGGAGUGGGAUUCAGGCGAAAAUGUCUGGUGGAGCUCACAAAUGGUGGAUCUUCAAAAAUAAUCUGAAUAGUGAACACCAGGUCAACUUGGCUCAGCUUGGUCAGGUUGACCUGGUAUGAUGGGUCAAUUCAAAGUCUCAGUCAUGUUGAAGAUGUAAAACAAUCACUAAGUGACAUCGUACAAUUUAAGUUUCAGGCAACUUUACAAAACCGGAGCCAUGUUUGUCAUGGAAGAUCCAGGAAAAAUUCUCUACUCACUAAAACAAUUGAAUCUUCUCAUAAAUCCUCUAACAGGAACUUCUCAAUCACACCCAAAAAAGUCUGGUUUGGCCAAAAUGGAGAAGGGAUGAAAUGACCAGCAAUUUCAGAAAACUGAUGUUUUUUUUUCUUUCUCCCAACUCUGCCUAAGUUAUUUAACGCAACAUACACACAGAGACUCGGCUCUGAUUGUGAGGGUCAUUUUAUUGUGGCUUUAAUUUGGUGAAUGUUGCAAGCAUAACUAACAUUGCCACAAUGAUCGUCUGGCAACUGCUAUGCAAUCACUUUUUUUUCUGGCAGUGCAAAUGCAAGCAAAAAAAAAAAGUUGUAUUUCUUAUUACUUUGCUGUAUGGGGGAUUCCUAUAACUAUAGGUUCUCCAAGAGUUCUUAGAAAAGUUUGGUCAGAAGAAACAUUGCUUCUUACAAAAUCUAAAAAUGCAUCUGCUGUUCUUUUGGGGAAAAUGAAACAUUUUUGCGCACUAAGAAACCUUUAUACGAAUCCCCCUCUGGGGUUGAAAAACCCCCUUUCUGAAAAUGUCAGUGUUACUGUGAGCUUCAAGUGUUCGUUGUUCAUUCGGGUUUGCUGAAUGGGGAUGUUGCCUGGGCACUGCUGGUUUUGGCGCUUUAACAUGAUGGAUUUAGCUAUUUGAAGUGUCCUUUUUGUGUAAAACAGCGAUCACUCCUUGGAAAAUUUUUUAAAACGGAGUACUUCUUCAGUAAUUUCACAUGGAAUCCCUUCAUAAUUCCUUACAAAGCCAAUACUUUACUUCAGGGGAACAUAAAGUGUUCAGUGCACAGAUUAUCAGCACAGGGUGUCAUUUUAACUGUUGGCCUUGUUGUUAAACAUUCUGCUGUUUUCCAGGAAAAGAUGCAAAAUGAAAUAAGAGAGGCAAAUAUUUGUGAACAACAAAGCCUGUGCUGAACUCUCAGAACAUUUACUGCCAUUAUCUGACAGCCUCUGCCAUUGAAGUCCGACAAGUUUCAGGAUUGAGGCACUUAAAUAUUUCAGUCACUACUCUGGUAUUCAAACCUGGAUUGGGGGUUCAUCCGGGAUGGGAGACCCAUCAAGAGUAAUCCGUAAUCUAACUUGUGAUGCUGUAUUGUUUGUAUACAGUUAAAUCUUUAUAUUGGCAUGAUGGAAAUUAUGUUUGCUGGGGAUGCAUUUUGGUCUUUUCUAUGGCAAUGCAUGAUGGUUUCAGGCUAAAGGUUUUUACGGCUAGUUCCUUGUGCUGUUGAGUUUGCAUCUUUUACAUACUACUACAAACACACAAACAUUAAGUGACCUUUUUUAACAACUGCUGCAAGAUGUUUCAGUUAUUUAUUUUUGUCAUAAACAACAGAGUUAUUAUUUUAUAUGCUUUUAAAAGUUAUAACCAGCAAACACAGUGGUACAUAGCAACUGCAUUUAAUCAAUCCAAACGAAACAAUCUUUCUUCAAGUGUCCUUACAAAUGCUGAGGGUUUAUAUCACUCCUUCUGUUUGCGUUUUUUGCAACCCUUUGGUAUCAGGGGACAAGCUAUUUACCGCUCACACCAUAACUUGCGUCCCAUGGUUCAAUGGGAGGUGUGUUUGUGAGGGACUGUGUUUUGUAUGCGUGUGGGGGUGUUCUCGUGCGUGUACAGUGUUGUUUAGCUCGUAAAUUAUAACUGGGAAUGAUGGUUUAUUGCUUGUCUUGUUUAAAGGAAAAAAAACAUGCCUGUGUGCGGAGCAUGGAAAAGUGACAAUCUGUUCAAUGACUCCUGCCUUUUGUUGGAUAUUUUUUAUUAUUUUUUCUUUUCACCACCGGUAUUAUACUUUUGUUCUGUUCUGGUAUGACCUGCCUAAGGCUCCCAAAAUGCUUCUGUGUGUAAAAUCACUGAAUUGUGGAUUCUUGUUUUGUUUUUUUGGUUGGUGCGAUACUAAAUGCUUCUGUGUUUAAUGUGUCUGCCCUGCCACUUGGGGCAUGCUCUUGUCUCCCUGCUUUGCCUUUUCAAUGAUCCUGGCAAUGCCCAUGCAGUCUUUAUGAUCAUGGAUGAAGUUUCUGUGCACAAGAUGUCCCUUCCCAGGAAAGUCUGAACUAAAUGGCUGCUAACAGUUUAGAGACUGAGAUCGAUUGCUUAUAAUAGCCAUAAAUGUUCCAUGGUUUCAAAAUGUUAACACACAUAUUAAACAUGCUCUAUAUGCUUUUAUUUUAAAAACAAAAGCAACAAUUACUCCUACUAAUUGUAAAAUAAUAAUCAUAUAUAUUACAUCUAUAAUUGGGGAUGUCCCAGUCCCGAUGAAAGGUACGUUUGUAUGGGUGUUUCUAUGAUUGGGUUUUAUUAUUUUUUUUAAUAAUCAACUUUUUGAGUCCUUCAUACAACAUCUUCAUAUCUAGUGUCGAGCUACUGUCUGCAAUUGCACUGUUUGAUUUCCAUGCCAUUUAAAAAAAAAUUAAGCCUCUUUAGUUGAACAAAACUUGAGAAACUUUGCUAGUUUGCAUGAAGUUAUUUGUUGAUAAUUUCUGUUUAGCUUCGAAGCCUUUUUCGCCCAAAUGGUGUUCUGCUCACAAUGGGGAACAAUGGCAUUACGUUUUACAACUCCAAAAACAAUAUUUCUGAAUAAAUAUUGAAAAAACUUAGAACUUUUUUCUAAGUUUUUCUUUUAACAAUUCCCAGGAAACCCAACAAAAUGUUGGGGCAAGUCAUUUCGAAACGAAGCCUAAAGAUGCUAGUAGCUUAGCAUUUAGCUAACUACGCCA